CAAAGAAAAAGUUCUCACUACUCACCAGCCGAGCAAAAAUCUCUACAUAAGAUUUUUCGCGAAGGAAGGGAGAGAUUUGCUGUGGAAGAAAAUGGAAACGAAGCCGAGUGAGAUCAGUAGCUCAAAGAUGUUUGGAGGAUACAACAAGAGAUACAAGCAUUUCAGCCCAACACUGGGCUGCUCUAUGACUUUCCACAUCUAUUUCCCUCCUUCCACUUCCUCUUCUCACAAAUUCCCUAUCCUUUAUUGGCUCUCAGGCCUUACCUGCACUGAUGAGAACUUUAUAAUGAAGUCAGGAGCUCAACGUGCUGCCUCAGCUAAUGGUGUUGCACUAAUUGCACCUGAUACAUCUCCAAGAGGCCUGAAUGUGGAAGGAGAAUCAGAAAGCUGGGAUUUUGGUGUAGGUGCUGGAUUUUAUCUUAAUGCUACUCAGGAGAAGUGGAAAAACUGGCGCAUGUAUGACUAUGUUGUGAAGGAACUGCCUAAACUUCUCAGCAAUAAUUUUCCACAGCUUGAUACAUCAAGGGCAUCUAUAUCUGGUCACUCAAUGGGUGGUCAUGGUGCCUUAACAAUAUAUCUAAAGAACCUUGAUAAGUACAAGUCAGUUUCUGCCUUUGCACCAAUUGCCAAUCCUAUAAAUUGUCCCUGGGGCCAAAAGGCUUUCACAAAUUAUCUUGGUGGCAACAAAGCUGAUUGGGAGGAAUAUGAUGCUACUUCCCUGGUUUCAAAGUUUAAAGAUGUGUCUGCUACGAUUUUAAUUGAUCAGGGAGAGGAUGACAAGUUCUUGCAUGAUCAGUUGUUGCCUCAUAAGUUUGAGGAGGCAUGCAGAAGUGGUAAUGUUCCACUUCUGUUGCGAAUUCAACCCGGUUACGAUCACUCUUACUAUUUCGUUUCCACCUUCAUCGACGAUCAUAUCAGCCACCAUGCACAAGCUCUUAACCUGUAAUUCACUCAUCUGCUGAUCUAUGGCUAUAAGUGAUAAGUGGUUGUGCUAAUGUGGCUGUAAUGUGAUGGUGAUCCCUUAAAUAAAGAUUGCUUCCUUGCCCCAGGGUUCACCAGAAAUUGGGGAAAAUGUUGAGAUGCAGUGUGUACGAUAAUCCCCCGCUUCUGAAGCUAAGACACUUUGGUUCCUUGUAAUUGACUGGAUAGGCACUGUGGACCUUGGUGUUGCUUUAUAUUUAUGCAUUUAGCGUGCGAGCCCUAUGGUAA